CCAGAUUGCAUCCCCUAGUUUAUGCCCAUUUGUUUUAAUACGUGGGCGGGCCGGGGAACCAUUGUUUCGUAGCACCCAAGCCAAAAAGCCUUAAAAGCACGCCUCCAUAGAACAAUCUGUCUUUCUCUCAGUUUUCAACCUUCUACCGAUCUGAGAAAUGUCGACGAUUAGCACCGACGAUGGGUUGGCCGGCGGCGUGAGGUACCCGAAGACCAAGAUUGUCUGCACGCUCGGGCCGGCGUCCCGGUCAGUGCCGAUGGUCGAGAAGCUUCUCCGUGCCGGGAUGAAUGUCGCGCGCUUCAAUUUCUCCCACGGAUCUCACGAGUACCACCAGGAGACCCUCAACAAUCUCCGUCAAGCUAUGGAGAACACUGGUAUCCUCUGCGCCGUCAUGCUCGACACUAAGGGUCCGGAAAUUCGAACUGGAUUUUUGAAAGACGGCAAACCAGUCCAACUUAAGCAGGGGCAAGAGAUUACCAUUUCAACUGAUUACAGCAUCAAGGGGGAUGAAAAUAUGAUCUGCAUGAGCUAUAAAAAGUUGGCUGAGGAUGUAUAUCCUCACAGUGUUAUAUUAUGCGCGGAUGGCACCAUAUCAUUUACUGUUUUGUCGUGUGAUAAAGAGAAAGGGCUUGUGCGAUGCCGCUGUGAGAACUCUGCUGUUCUUGGUGAGAGAAAGAAUGUCAAUCUUCCUGGGGUUAUUGUGGAUCUGCCAACCUUGACAGAUAAGGACAAGGAUGAUAUCCUAANUUGUAGAAGUCCGAAAGCUGCUGGGUCCACAUGCAAAGAGAAUCAUUCUUAUGUCAAAGGUUGAAAACCAAGAAGGCGUUGCUAACUUUGAUGACAUUCUUGCGAACUCUGAUGCAUUUAUGGUGGCGCGUGGUGAUCUGGGAAUGGAGAUUCCAAUCGAGAAGAUAUUUUUAGCUCAGAAGGUGAUGAUUUACAAGUGCAAUAUCCAGGGGAAGCCCGUGGUGACUGCAACCCAGAUGUUGGAAUCCAUGAUCAAGUCUCCCAGGCCGACUCGUGCCGAAGCCACAGACGUUGCCAACGCCGUUCUUGAUGGGACCGAUUGUGUGAUGCUCAGCGGGGAAACUGCCGCAGGGGCAUAUCCAGAACUUGCCGUGAGAACCAUGGCCAAGAUAUGUAUAGAAGCCGAAAGCACAAUCGACUACGGGGACGUGUUCAAGAGAGUGAUGGCGAAUGCGCCCGUUCCCAUGAGCCCACUGGAGAGCCUUGCGUCUUCGGCUGUCCGGACAGCAAACACGGCCAAAGCCUCUCUCAUCCUUGUUCUGACCAGGGGAGGGAGCACUGCCAAGAUGGUGGCCAAGUACAGGCCAGGAAUGCCGAUAUUGUCCGUUGUUGUGCCCGAGAUAAAGACAGACUCCUUUGAUUGGUCCUGCAGCGACGAGUACCCUGCGAGGCAUAGCCUUAUUUUCAGGGGGCUAGUCCCCGUCCUGUGCGCGGGGUCCGCCAGGGCAUCGGACGAAGAGUCAACCGAGGAAGCACUUGAGUUCUCGCUGCAACAUGCCAAGGCAAAAGGGCUCUGCAAGGUUGGAGAUGCCGUUGUGGCACUUCACCGUGUUGGAACUGCCUCUGUGAUCAAGAUCGUCAUCGUGAAGUGAUUGGUUGAUCGAAUCUUCCGGAAGAAGGGGCUUCGUCGGUUCACACUUUAUCUUGUUACUUCGUAUUGUUUGCGCGCUGUUCUAGACGCUGGUAUUUCUGUCCAGCCAAUUUUCCAAACAUACAAAGCUGGAUUAUGCUUACAUUUCUUGCAUUUUUGUCCUCGCAAACUGCUAUUAUAUACUCUGCCCAGCCAGGACAGAGAGUAUUCAUCUUUUGCACUUAAUAUGAAGAAUUCUUAUACUCAUUAAUAAAUAUGCCCUAUGCACCAUAUUUUUAAAUAAUAUAUGUCCAUUUGG